AUGUUCAACACCGUGUCAAACAAGAAGAUUGAGGUUCUAGGUUUUGCAUUCAAGAAAGACACUGGUACUAGGCAGACUCCAGCCAUCGACGUGUUUAAGGGUCUUUUAGGAGACAAAGCGAGGUUAUGCAUUUACGAUCCUCAGGUGACAGAGGAUCAGAUUCAGAGGGAUUUGUCGAUGAACAAGUUUGAAUGGGACCAUCCGCUUCAUUUGCAGCCAAUGAGCCCAACGACGGUGAAACAAGAGAGUGUGAGUUGGGACGCAUAUGAAGCAUCCAAGGACGCGCAUGGUAUAUGUAUCUCGACAGAGUGGGAUGAGUUCAAGAACUUGGAGAAACCGGCUUUUGUGUUUGCUGGAAGCAACAUUAUGGAUUUUGAGAAGCUUAGGGAGAUUGGUUUCAUUGUGUACUCCAUUGGUGAGCCACUAGAUGCAUGGCUCAAGGACAUGCCGGCCGUUGCCUAA